AUGAAUUCCACGGCGAAAAGUACCUCCCAUGAAUUGGACGUGACCUCAGUGACCAUCUACGCCCUUCUUGGAUCUUUGGGAAUCCUUGGAAAUGGUCUCGUCCUCGUUGUCAUGACCACCGUCAAAGAGCUACGGACGACCACCAAUACCUUCAUCGUCAACCAAUCCAUCGUCGAUUUGGUGACGUCAAUCCUUCUCUUUCUGAUGUUCAUCGCCCCUCCCCUUCCUCUACCGGAAAGCGAACCCGUUGCCAAGCUCAUCUGCGCCGUCUGGAACUCCAAGUACAUCUUCUGGGGAAUGUCUAUCGCCUCGACGUUCAAUUUGAUUCUCCUAACGUUGGAGCGGUACUUUGCGGUUGUGUUUCCGGUCGUGUACCGUGUCCAUUUCAGCAACCGUCGCGUUCCAUUCCUGGCCGCUCUACCUUGGUCGGUCGGUCUGGUGUUUCAGAUCUACUGGGCUGUAGCGAAUCGGUAUUCUGAUGGCCAAUGCAUCAUUAAGCAUACCAGUCGUCAGUCGCAGAUUCUGGUUGGUAUCUUAGUGUUCCUCUUAUAUGUCAUCCCGAUGGUCAUCAUGGCUUUCGCCUAUAUCAGUAUCGCAAAGGCACUUCGUCAACGGGUUAACAGUCGUGCUACUGCUUCGACAAAGGUACAACUGACCCUGACGGCAAAAGACACACUGAAACCCCAAGUCAACCAUCAUGAAAGAGCGAGGGUAAACGUCAUCAAGACACUAAUCACGGUUAGCGUGACCUACGCGAUCUGUUGGACACCUAACCAUAUCGUAUACCUGUGCUUCAACCUGGGUAAAGGAGUUGGAUGGAUCACCGGCCCUAUGUACAAUUUCACGGUGUAUCUUGCUUUCUUUAACAUGUGUAUCAAUCCUUUCAUUUACACCUUCAAGUAUCGGCGCUUCAGGGAAGGACUGAAGACACUCUUCAGGUUGGUGCGGGGAACUGAAUCUUCGUCAUCGAUUACUACCGUACAGAUGAGUGAUGACGUAGUACGGAUCUGA